UCCCUUUUCCCUCUCCUCCCACCCCCUCACCAAGGUUUAAUUUUGGUUGCUCGUUCUCUUGCAGCUUUGCAAGCCAAGCUAAUUAAGCUAAGCUUGCUGAUGUUGACCAACCAACCUUGAUCCCCUCUCUCUCUCUCUCUCUUACAAGUAGUUGUGGAGAUUCUGUCUGGGAGUACGUUGCCGAUCAUUGCUUUCUCAUAAUCUUUGAUCCAAGGCAAAACUCUGCCGGAAAUUCCAGCACGAAACCCUCGUCACUCUGCCGAAAUUUUCAGCCGGGGGCAGCGAGCUUUGCUUCCCAGGGCGACACUCUGCUGAAAUUUCCUUUUUAGCGAGGGUUUGCCGUCCACUUGGACCACGGACGGACGUGUGUAUAUGCUCGUGCCGUUCUGUCCUCCGUGUUUAUGAUAACAUCCACUGCUCUCGUGCAAUCCUUCUCCGUCGUCUUCCUCUACUGGUUCUACGUCUUCUCAUAAUCGAACCCGGACGGACACGCUCGAACAACGUACUUUCAAGCGGUUAAAUUACGUGCUGUCGUUAAGAAUUGUUAGUGGGGGUAGUCAAGUGGAGUAUAUAAUUGAGUUUACUUAAUUAAUUACUGUUAAUUAAGAAGACAAAAUUAGUGGAUGGCAUCUCCUGGCGUGAUGUCCACGGUGUCGCCGACGUCCUCCGCCGGGUCGGACGAGGCGCGGCGGCCGGCGGCGGCGGUCACGGAAGAGCGGAAGCGGAAGCGGAAGGAGUCGAACCGGCUGUCCGCGCAGCGGUCGCGCGCGCGCAAGCAGCAGCAGCUGGACGAGCUGGCGGGGCAGGUGGCCGCGCUGCGUGCCCGGAACGGCGCCCUGGCGCUCGCCGCGCGCGAGGCCGCCCGCCGGUGCGCGGCCGUGCGCGCCGAGAACGAGCUGCUCCGCGCGCGCUCGGUCGAGCUCGCCGCGCGCCUCGACUCCCUCACCGGCCUGGCCCGGUGCCUGCACGACGCCGCCGCGGCCUCCUCCUCCUUCGCUGCUCCAGUGCUGCUGCCACCGAUGGCCGCCGCCACUGCCUUCCCCGGCGCCGUCGGCCACGGCUUCGUGAUGCCCCAGCCGCCGCUCCUCGACGCCACCACCAUGCCCUGCAACUACUACUAGCUGAGCUAGCUACAUCGUGUCAAGUCAUUAAGUUAGCCUCCACUUAGCUCUCUAGCUAGUACAUUUCUGAUCUCUGCAUCAUGUGUCCAAGUGUUUGUGCUUUUCUUCCUUUGUGUUAAGUUGCUAUUAGGUGACCUAAUCAAAGGGCAAGAAGGACAUUUCAUGUAUUUGUAUGAGACUUUAUGGUGUGACAUGGACACCAAGGACAAUUUAUGUGGUUAAUUUUA